UUUUGUGACCGGAUGUGAUUUUGUUUCAUAACUAUAUUUUAUUUUCAAUAAGCUACGAUUUAAAUUUUUUCUUACAAAAAUUUCAUUUAUCUAAAUUGCAGAAUCCUUUAAAGAACAUUUCCAUUUCCAAGUGAAUGCACUCCGUGACUCCGAUUAGUUCAUUGAUUAUAAUUCACCAUAAACAUUACUUAGUAGAUUUUUGUUCAAUUCAAAGGAUUGUACUUUGAUUGAGGACAUUAUAAAUCAAAUUUGUCUACUAACUUUUUAUAAUUUCUAACUACAAAUUUUGUCAUGUCUUCCGAAAAUACCAGUAUAUUAACAACCCUCUUAAAUCCUAUGUUACCAUUCCAAAUGUUGCUGAGAUUGUAUUCAUUUUGUGUUCUUGUGGUGGACAUGGUAUGGGUGUAUUUGAACACUAUUUAUGCUAUAAUUGAGUCUGUAUAUGAAUUCUUUAUACCACCACCUUUGAAGUCCUUGGAAAAUGAAACUGCUUUGGUUAUUGGUGCUGGCAGAGGCGUUGGACGUUCCAUAGCUAUUCAGUUAGCUGACCUGGGUGCUACAGUAAUAUGUGUGGAUAUCAAUGAAGAAAAUAAUGAAAAAACCAUAGAUUAUAUUAAAAGAAGUAGUAAUGCAGUCUAUGGUUAUACAUGUGAUAUAACGAAGAAGGAAAAUAUUAUAGAACUUGCUUCACAUAUUAAAGUUGAUUUGGGUUUUGUUAGUAUGCUGUUCUAUUGUUGUGGCAUACCAAGCCCAAGGUCCUUGAUAACGCAGCCUCCCAAAAAUAUACAUGAUACUCUUGAUUUGACAUUGACUUCAUACUUUUGGCUCAUAGACCAGUUUAUGCCCAAAAUGAAAGCUAAGAACCACGGUCACAUAGUGGCAUUAACAUCAGUAGCGGGUUUGAGUUAUAUUAAGGAUAGAAUGCCACUGAGUGUCGCACAGUUUGCUGUACAAGGCCUGGCGGAAUCAUUGAUGGAAGAUUUACGCGUAAAUAAAAUUACCGGAGUGCAUGUAACACUGUCCCAUAUUUACCCAUUUAUUGUGGAUAACAGCUCAGAUGUGAGAUUGAAGAUACCAAGUUAUUUCGGUACAAUAACACCAGACAGAGCAGCUGCCUCUAUUCUGGAGAGUGUGCGACGAAACUACCCCGAGGCAUCUGUGCCCAAACAUUUGUUGUACCUCGGACACUUGUUACGCAUUCUACCACGUAAGGCUACGGUUUUAAUACGAGACCUUUUGGACACGGGUGUUGAUUUUGCAUAAUUUUCUCCCUUGAAAAUAAGUGCCUUAUCCGAUACAUUUAAGAUUACUGCAAAGACUUGCGUUGUAAGUCUUUUGUUUUAUGUAACUGAACUAUUAAAGCAUGUAUCAGAGUUUAAGUGUAAGAUUUGUGUGGAAGUUAAAUGGUGCAUAUAUGUAUGUAUAUUUGUAUGAUUGUAAUUGUUCAUGAAUCAGGUGGGUCAAAUGCCACUAUAAAGUAUAUACAUAAUUAGUGACACAAUUUAAGCUAUUUGUUUUCCAGAAAUGAUGAAUAAUUAUUUUAUAAUCUGAGGCGGCAUGAUUCUCUGAGUCUUCAUAAGUCUUCCAAUUUAUGCACACAACAUUCUCCUUGUAUCAAAUUACGUAGAGUUGUAGGAUUUUAAAAUGUUUAACUACUGUUGUGUAUGUGUGGGUUCAUGGUCUACAGAUGCAAUUACAUGGCAACACAAACUAUUCUCAAUUUAUUGUUGUAUUAAGAGAUUGAGUUUUUUUUUUAUUAAAAAAGAAUUUAUUCGGCUUGUAUUUGAUAGUAAAGGGUAACUAACAUUCCUAAAUAUGUAAUAUACAAUUGAAGGUCAUCAAAUGUUAUCUCAGUGAUUUAUUAAAAUAAAUCAUAAUAUCUAUUGGUUUUAAAGAUUGAAAGAAGCUCAUUAUAUGAUAAGAUAAGAUGUUUCGUAUUUUCGUUUCAACUUGAGCUUAUAUUUUUGUUAUAUAUUGAAUAAAAGAGUUUAAGGUGUACCAUGUGAUCUCCAAAAUAUAUAGUUCCUAUGUAUAAGGCAUUAAGAAAGACUUGUGUACAAAAAGAGUAUUUAAUUAAGCAUAUAAAAGAAUUAAUUGAUAACCCAUUCGAUAAUUAAAGUAGUUUUAAGUUAAUUUUCUGAAGUUAUAUUUUUGUAUUAUAAAGCUAUUUUAUACAGAA